AAUUUAGUUGCAAUAUAUGCGAGGACCGAGGGCAGUACGUAUACGCCGGGAGAUGGAUGAGAACAGAGUGCUAUUUGCACUCCUCAAUAAGUGUCUCACUGACGCAGGGCUAGAGGUGGGGGGAAAUGAUGGUGUGGGUGAAGAACAACCUAACACACAUCUGUCAAUAGUUUUAGCACAAGUUAGGCAACGAGAGUAUGCACCUUAUGCAACAGAGACCUCCACAUGUGUGAUAAAUAAAAGUAGAGACGAUAUGGAUGGAGAGGUUGGGAGAAAUAACUCUGCAAUUAAGUUGCAACCGGCCAGUCAUGAGAUGAAACUAGAAUGGAACUCGCGGUGGGAGCAAUCCAAGGGUGUUCUAGGGGCCAAAUAUAAGCGACUUAUCGAUGGAAGGGAAUGUACUGUACGAGUAAGGUGUAUCGCUGUAGGCAGACAUCUUGCAAUCCAUUGUGAGGGAAGCCUGCCAUUGGAUGAGGAGACUAGUGCUAGCUGUGCGAGUGAGCCGCAAACCUCGGACGUAGCUGAGAGGGUGUCUAUAGUACAUUCGACUCGUAUCAUGGCCACCAAAUACGUGAAACGUAUUGAGGUGGAUGAAAAUGGCACUCGUAUUACGGGGAGAUGUGCUGACUUGCCAGGCCUUUGGUUGGACAUACGAAACUCGAUUGUAUUCCGUUUAUUGUCGUUCUUCAAGCAGCACGUGCAGGGUAUUGAUCGGUGUUCGCUGGCUGGUCUCAUGCCGGAACUACAGCUGCGCAUAUUCUCAAUGGUACCGGCGCGGGACAUGUGCGCUCUAUCACAGACGUGCCGGGCCUUUCGAGUGUUAGCAACCCAUGACGAUCUCUGGAGACGACUCUUGAAGAUACACUUCUCCGCACACGUGCCAAUCGAAAUGUGAGAUCAACUUCGAAUCGGGGAUUCGCCGCAUGAACCUGGAAAGUACAAAAAGACAUUCGCACGCCUUUACGCACAAGACACACGCAGUCGAAGGGAGCUACACGAUGCCUUCCGGCCGUUCUCGUUCUUGGUGGACAGGCCUAUGUAUAUGACAGGCUACUUCCCAGAGCUUCUCGGCAACCAGCCUUUGUCAUUGUUCGAACCCGGUGAGCCUUCUUGGAGCAUAGGCGACCGUGUCCCGGGCAUGGGACAUCGGAUCUCCCCAAGCAGCUUUCUGUCACCGAUGACGCCCCACACGUACUCGUCAUACUAUGGCAGUUUGAUAUAAACCACCUGCACUAUUACUUUGAAAUUAAACCAUGCAAGAUCAAAAGCUUGUAAAUAGAUGGUUUCUACUUCGAG